AUGGGCGACAAGGACCCUGCCACCGCAAACAGCAGAAAAGAACUGCGCAAGAAGAAAAUGAUGGAAUACUUGACAAAUAAAGACAAACACAUCUCCAAGACACAUGUCAGCGAGCUUCCGAGGAAGAAACCAGAAACUACAAGGUCGUCUGCACUCCAGAUUAUCAGAGACAAAGAAAAUAAAGCUCCUGUCACCAGUUUUCGUCAGGAAACUAAAAAAGUCCAACCCUUGGCUCUUCUCAACAACAAAAAUCCCCCUAGGACUCUGUUUUCUGCUGCGAAAAAGCAGAACGUACUGACCGAACACCAGCCGACGCACACUAAAAAGUCCACUUUGACCAGAAUCUACACAGUUUCCACUCUGAAGGAGACCAACCUUUCCAAAAAGCCGCCGAUUGUCAGGACGCAGCCUGCGGGAAAAGCAGUUUCUGUUACCAAGUCCUCAAAGGGCGCUUUUAAGCCACCACCAACGGUCAAGACGUAUACAGCCCGGCUGAGUCUGGGGCCUGUGGUGAAAACCAGGACUGGGCUCAUUCCUGCAAUGAUCCAACCGAGGGUCAACAGACCUCUCCCGACAACGGGCGCCAGAGUGGCUCCUUCGAGAGCCGCCGUCCCAUCUUCCAAGGCUGUGGUAAAGAAAAUCCCACUACCACAGAUACCGACUGCACUUCAAGAGCCACGACCCGUCCCUGUUAAACGACCGCCUUGUAAAACUCGACCAGAAUCAACAGUGACCGCCAAGUCACUACCUGACAAAGCGGCCAAUAGGCCAUUAAAGCGCACGACUCAACCUAAAGUCCGGCCAACCGUACAGAACUCUCAAGUGGUUGCAAGUAGGUCGCAAACAGCUGCCAAACCUAAAAUGGCUGACACUGUUACGAAGAAAACCAGUGCCCCCUUGGAGAAGCGGACUGCAUCGCGGUCCGUGGUUGCUGUCGGCAGUCAUGCUACAUUACAGACCAAAGCAACAAAGCCGCAAACUGCGGGGAAGAAGAUGACUGCUGAGCAAGAGGAGCGAAUGAAAAAACUGCAGGAAUGGCGGGAAGCCAAGGGCAUUUCCUACAAGCGUCCUUCCACGCUGGUGAAACCUCAAGUCCGACGCACCGCUGCUGAGCCGCUAGUGCCUCGCGCGACCCUGAAAGCACAGGACGACGCUUGCUCGUUCGUCCGUGACGUGGACAGCUGCCUAGCUGACUGCAUUAAGCUGCUCGCUGAGGGUGGUCAAGCACCUCAGGUGAGGACCAUCCUCUCCCGGUUGCCGCCAGUGUCCCAGAAGUUUGCCAAAUUCUGGGUUUGUCAGCUUCGCCUGAUGGAGCAAGAGGGCAACCUGGACGUCCUGCCAGUCUUUGAGGAGGCUGUGCGCGUCACCGUGGAGCCAGUGGAUGAGCUUCGUGCUGUGGUCUUUAACAUCCUGAAGAAAAAGGAGACUCAAGCUUCCGAGGAAGAUGUGACGGAAAUCUCAAAACCUUCGGGCACAGCCGGACAAACAGAUUGUGAGGACGAGAACCCGACGACCACGCCACCCGUCCGGGUCCUCAUCACCGGGGAGAGGGGAACCUCGUCCACUGUCAAGUACAAGAUCACGGCCACUCCCGGCGCCCCGUCGACCCAGCAGAGCGAGCCGAUAGUUGUGGACGGCCACGAGGUGCGCUUCUUCACACCGGUGCGGCGCUCUGUGCGUAUUGAGAGCGUCACGCGCCCCUACCCUGCUGCGCUGAGGGAGCACGACCUGUGUGUGGCAAGCUUUGCCGAGCUUCUGGCCAAUGAGGAAGACGAGGAGGAGGAGGGGCGUGACACCUUAUACGUCUACAGGGAGAACGAGGCACUUCAAGACAAGGUUGCCCUCCAGGUGAUGACUGAGCUGGAUGAGAGGUCCUGA